CUGGCUGAAGACUGCGAUGAUAACAUGACACCGCGAGUCUGCUCCACUCUCACGGGCGUCGCCUCAGCAGGAGGAAGAUUACUUUGGGUGAUGCUCGUGCCAGGGACAACUGAGGUCCGUCCAUGGACAACUGCAGCGAGUCCUCGACGCUGGUGCCCUACACCGAGUACAGCCUGCGGCCGGAGACGUACGUGAUCCCCGCCGUGUUCGCGCUCGUGUUCGCCGUGGGCGUGGUGGGCAACGGGACCCUGGUCCUCAUCUUCGCGCGCCACGCCGACAUGCGCAGCGCUCCCAACACGCAGAUCCUCAGCCUCGCGCUGGGCGACCUGCUGGUGUGCCUCGCGGCGGUGCCCUUCACGUCCACCGUGUACACCCUGGAGUCGUGGCCCUUCGGCGAGUUCGUCUGCAAGCUCAGCGAAGCCGCCAAGGACGUGAGCAUCGGCGUGUCCGUGUUCACGCUCACUGCGCUCAGUGCCGACCGCUGCCUGGCGGUGGUGGCGCCCAUGAGGCGGCGCACCGGGGGCGGUUCCCGCGCCCCGCGUCUCGCCGCCGCCAUCUGGCUGCUGGCCCUACUUUGCGCCACCCCUGCCGCCGCCAACUCCUUCAUCAGGCGGUUCAAGGUGUCUAAGGACUUCACACUGGAGGUGUGCUACCCGUUCCCCGAGCACCUGGGCCCGCUGUACCCGAUGGCAGUGGUCACCUGCAGGUUCCUGGUGUACUACCUGCUGCCGCUCGCUGCCAUCGCGCUCUGCUACGCCCUCAUGGCGUGCCACCUGUUGCACAGUGCCGCCGCCAUCCCGGGCGAGGGCCGCGCCCAGGCGCACCAGGCGCGCGCCCGCCGGAAGGUGGCCAAGACGGUGCUGGUGUUCGUGGCCGUGUUCGCCGUGUGCUUCCUGCCGCACCACGUGUUCAUGCUGUGGUUCUACUACAACCCCCGCGCCGAGCAGGACUACAACCUGUUCUGGCACGUGUUCCGCAUGGUGGGCUUCUGCCUCAGCUUCGCCAACUCGUGCGCCAACCCCAUCGCGCUGUACUGCGUCAGCGGCGCCUUCCGCAAGCACUUCGACAGGUACCUGCGAUGCGGACAGCGUAGACGCGCCACGGGGAAGCUGGGUCGCCACGAGACCGGUCUCCUCACCACCACAACCACAAUCACCACGUGGUCGUCGCCACGGCACGCCCAGCGCGACGCUCGCAGCUGCCCCGCCGCGCGGCUCACGAGUCCCAACACAUUGUCGGCCGUUCUACAGGAGUGACACGCUACCCCAACCACUCACCCCAACUUUUGACAACACAAAUAAUAACUGUAACGAUAAAAUAACCUACUGCAGUUCACACCUGACAUACCUAAUCAGUUCUAUUUUUUUUUUUAAACGCAGUCCACAUUCGUUAAAUUCACAAAUAUUAAAAGAGUUAGUAGAGACCGGAAAAAUUUGCGAAUUCAUUUCGUUAUAGGCUGAAAUUCAAACAUGUGUAUAAUUCUGCUGGUUCUGCUAUAUGAUCGCGGUUUAACUGGAGUUCUCUGGGCCAAUGAGAGACUAUCGACCAAAGAAGCGUUGAAUCACAAGCUACCCAGUGGAGACGACUCACAAUUUAGUAACCAAUGAACACGGGUGUUUACUUGAGAAGUGCAGAGGAUAAUGGAGGCUAUCCUAGAGGUCAUUGAAUCCGCGAAUUUUUCCGGUCCCUAUACAUUAGAUACACAUUUUAACAGAGUACUAUUAUUUAACAUUGCAGACACUCCAUCCAAACACUCAGAAUCCUAGUCAUCUGCCCUCCUCUUAAUUUGUAGCUAGGCCUGCGACUGCCACACAUUAUCCGUGCCCACACUCUCGCGUGCACAAAGGUCAGGUGCUGCCUUGAUAUUCCCCAUCAGUGCUUCUUCCACUUAGCUCUCAGAGGGGGUGAAUUUUCACUUGCAGGGCGCAUUACUUGGCUCCUUACAUUUCAUCCACCAAUACCCUUAAAAUAAGCAGAAUAGUGGUUUAAGUUAUAUAUUUCCAUAGUAUUCUAAUGUAAUGCACAACAAAAUGUUUUUUUUCUCUCCAUCCUUUUUUUUUAAUUUACAGAAACUAUGGGCAAAGUGUCUGUGGGUGCAAAGCUCUCUCAGAGAUGCCUGGUAUAAAAACUGCUCAUUCACAACUGUUUCCAGUCUGAAGGUUAGAUCGUAGCCUCUCCCAUUCCCCUUAGGUCCAUCUUUUACAGUUUCUCCUCUGCUUUAUCCACCUCAAUUCUUCACGCUCCUUUUAGCCAUCUGGCUCUUGCCCUGCAAAGAGGCCCUUGUCUCAUUAUUCUCUUUGAUAGCAUCACUUACGCAAUCUUUUAAUAAGUCUGAACUUCACAAAUAAGUUGUCAAAGAGAUGAUUUCUACAGAUAGAAAUUAAGGAGACCGUCAGUAUUGAAUAACGACACAGCUUUAAAGGAAUGAUUUUCAUUGAAAAUAAAAAAUGUUAACUAAUAAUGGUUUUGAAUAUUCCUCACAGUGUACUUCAUAUUGACUUCCUUUUACAAUGAGUAACACAAAUGUGUGCAGCGCCAGACAACUGCAGAACACUGUACCUAUUACAUGAACAUGUGUUAACAAAAGCAGCAAGCACAGUUAAUGCAAUGGCUUGUAUCGGCAGGAAAUUGCAGGAGCUUAUUAGUGUAAUUAACCUAUUAAAAGUUAUACAUAUUCAAUGUAGAACUUAAAAGUUUCCAAGACUGCAUUACAUAUCUAAAUGACGGGUGAGAUGCCAAUAAAAAUUAGCAGGUUUAAUACAGGUAAUCAUAAAAACACUUAGAUAGGUUCAUGACCUACAAGUGCUUGGGGAGAAAACAUGUAGAAAACUGUGGUAGUGUUUUUGUAGAAAAAUUUUUUUCCUCCCCCAUGAGUUCAUUUUUCUUAGUGGGAUCGAAGAAUCAUCAGCAGCAAACAAAUCUCAGCAUUCUGACAUGUUUAAAACUUAUGUUAUAAUUGUUGGGUACAAGAUUUUGUGGUGAACUGUGACAAAACCAAAUUAACAGCAAAAGUACAUCAAUACACCAUAACACUGAAAAACAAUCGAAAUUGUGAAAUUAAUCAGAAUUUUAAUAAAACUUACCUCACAAGCUCAUAUUAUAAGAAUGUUAUCUUUUAAUAUAUUAUAUUAAAUUAAUGUAAUUUGUGUGUAUGGACCAAAUGAACAUAACAUUUUUUUUUACUUUUAUUUUCUUUUCACAUUAUCAACUCCAUUUGUAUUUCUGAUGUUUUUUUUUUUUUUUUUUUUAGUUAUUCUGUCCUGGAUAUGCUUAUUUAUUGUGUAAAUACUUCAUGUAUCAUAUCAAAAUUAAAUUUUUGGUGAAGCAUACCAAACAUUUUGGUGUCAUGUGUUUGUUGAAUAAAACUAGACCCUUAUAAAAAAAUUUACAAUAAUUCUAGUUAAACAGUGUCCUAGUUAACACAUUUGGUUAUUACGAUUUGUUAACUUUUGCACUGUGGUGUUUACAAAUCAUGCUUUGAAAACACAGAACCUAAGUGUUAUUCUCAAGUUAGCUAGCUCAUGAGGUGGCAAGAGCAAAAUGUUUUCUAGAAUGAAUAUCAACCAAAAUUUUCAGUGGUUGGUUGGCAUUUUCACCAGUUCCCCAGACUGAUACCAAAAAAUAGAGAUGCGCAUGAAUGUAUUACUCCUGAACAACUUAUGAAGAAAUUGGUGGAUAUUUUAAGAGAAUAUAGAUAUAGCAGUUCACUGAAUUCAAAUACAACUGACAUCCUAUUAUCUUUAAGAAAAAUUAUGAAAUAUAGAAGCAGACUGUUAUGUAAAAGUCCAUGCAGUUAUUCAAACAUUAAAGAGGUACUCUGUGUUCA